AUGAAUCCCGCGCUGGGCAACCAGACGGAUGUGGCCGGCCUGUUCUUGGCCAACAGCAGCGAGGCGCUGGAGCGCGCGAUGCGCUGCUGCACCCAGGCGUCCGUGGUGACCGACGACGGCUUCGCCGAGGGCGGCCCCGACGAGCGCAGCCUGUACAUCAUGCGCGUGGUGCAGAUCGCCGUCAUGUGCGUGCUCUCGCUCACCGUGGUCUUCGGCAUCUUCUUCCUCGGCUGCAACCUCCUCAUCAAGUCCGAGGGCAUGAUCAACUUCCUGGUGAAAGACCGGAGACCGUCUAAGGAGGUGGAGGCGGUGGUCGUGGGGCCCUACUGA